AUGUUUAGAUCUACAAAUUCAAAAUGCUCAAGAAUUAUUUUUUCUCGUUAUAAAAAGUGUUGGAAAUGUCAUUCAGAAACAGAAGACACGACGUUUUGCAAUAGUUGUGACAUUAUCCAAAAGCCAAAUGAAAAUUUAUGCCCAUUUCAACGAUUAAAAAUGAAAAAGUCUUUUAAUGUUAAUGAAAAAGAAUUAAAAACAAAUCUAAUGCAAUUGCAAUCUAAAGUUCAUCCAGAUAAAUUUGGUUAUAAAAGUGAUGAAGAAAAAGUACUUUCAGAUAAACAUUCUGCUUUAUUAAACGAUGCUUACAAAACAAUUUCAAAUCCUAUUUUGAGGGCUGAAUAUUUGUUAAAUGAUUUCAAGUCAAAAGAAUAUGAUUCAAUGUCAAAUAAUGAAUUGCUAAUGGAGAUGAUGAGUUUAAAUGAAGAUAUAUCAGAAAUUGUCGAUGAUGAAAAGUUACAUAAUAAAAAAGAUCAAAUGGAAGCGGAAGAAAAGAAAAUUAUUGAAGAAAUUGAUAAAGCUUUUCAAAAUAGCGAUAUUCCUGAAGCUAAAAAAUUAAUAACACGUUUAAAAUUUGUCACGAGUGCAAAAAAUCAUAUUUUGAAACGUUUGAAGCUAUAUUAG